CGCGAGCGUAUCGGGAACGUGUGUGCCAGGGCGGGCAUUGGACUGCGUGCUGUCAAUCACUUCACUCGCAUGUUUUGAUUCCCGAAAGUUACUGUCAGUUCGUCUGUCAGUGGACUCGCUGUAAAAUGUCCACUUUAACGCAACCUGCCAAUGACCAGUACGUUUUCCGUCGACGGGAAUUUGAAGAGCUGCCGUCAGAAAACCAGAGAAGAUGGCAAACGCCUCCACACGUCCACGGUCCGAGGCAGACGGCACAGCACCAGCGGCACCGGGUAGACGGCAGCCAGACCCGACCCGGACCUCCCACUGAUCCAGGAGCCAGGUGGCCCCACGUGGACGACCCCACCACCAGAGAGCCGCGGCUGGACGACUGCGAGCGCAUGGGGACUCUGUUUGGGAUGCUCAACAAGUGUCUGCGGGGGAUGGGCUUCAGCCAGAUGUACUUCGGGGACAAGGUCGUGGAACCCGUAGUGAUAGUGUUCUUCUGGCUGCUGCUCUGGUUCCUGGGGAUCCAGGCCCUGGGACUGGUGGGAACCCUGUGCAUCAUCAUCAUCUACAUCCAGAAGUAAUGAGAGCGGACGAGCCCAGGGGAAGGCCGCUGCUUUCUUUGUUUAACGCUUACGUACGCGGGACUCAUUUCACGCUCGUCUGGGUUGGAGUCUGCAGUGAGGCUGUGUUUUAGAAGAGGAGAAGGUGGAGAGGCCUGUGCUGCUCCGUAGUGACGGGGGGGGGGGGGGGGGGGGGGGGGGG